AUGGCGUCAGUCACACAAAGGCUGCUGCUGCAGUCGCGGCGCUGUGCGUCCUCGAUCCCCGCUCGAUCGAUAGCCCGACACCCACCACAGUGGCCACGGCCGCUGUCGACCACGGCCAGCCGGUGCGCAAGACCCGACCGCGACGACGGACCCGCGCGAGAGCCCGAGGCAGCCGCCAAGCCCGUGCUGGAGUCGACGUGGGCCAACACGCCCGACAAGGCGGCGGCGCAGCUGCAGAAGCUGGCCGAGGACCUGAAGGCGCUGGACCCGGCCGUGAUGGAGGAGGCGGUGCGCAAGGGCAAGCAGGGCAUCCCCAUCGCGCCCGGCUCCGAGCUGGUCGAGGACGAGGACUUUGAGAUCCUCGAGGACGAGCUGUACCGCAUCAAGUCGGGCUUCUGGGCCGAGGGCGAGGAGUCGAUGGGGCCCGACGAGGACUACUACGGCGACGACAUCACGAGCCACGGCCACGGCGAGCUGCAGAAGCACCGCGAGCUGAGGGAGUAUGCACGCCUGAUUGCCUGGGAGCUGCCUCUUCUGAGCCAACUCGCCCGCCCCUUUGAACCCCCGACCGCCUCCACCCCCUUCCGUUUCCGCUACACCUCGUACCUAGGCGAAUCCCACCCAGCGGCCAACAAGGUCGUCGUCGAGUUCUCGCCCUCGGACCUCGGCCUGGCCCCUACCCAGCGCGACAAGCUGAUCAAGCUGUCCGGGCCGCGCUACAACCCCUCGUCCGACCUGAUCAAGAUGUCGACGGAGCAAUUCGACACGCAGACGCAGAACAAGCGCUUCCUCGGCGAAACCAUACAGUCGCUCAUCGCCGAGGCCAAGGACAGCACCGACACCUUCCAAGACGUGCCCUUUGACUUCCGCCACCACCGGCCCAAGCUGCGCCACGCCUUCCCCCCGGCCUGGGCCCUGACGCCCGAGCGCAAAGCCUACCUCGCCCAGAGGCGCGCCGACCAGGCGAGGCUGCAGGAUGUCCGCGCCGGCAACGGACAGCUGAUCGACGGCAAGACGGUCGUGGAUACCAGCCUGCCCUUCCUCGCCGACCCCGAGCCUGUCCUGGUCCAGGCGCCGAGGAGGAAGUAG